AUGGGCCCCUGUACCGCCUCCUCAUGCUGCUGCCAGGCCCGUAAUCUGCCAUGGGCCCCCGUACCGCCUCCUCAUGCUGCUGCCAGGCCCGUAAUCUGCCAUGGGCCCCCGUACCGCCUCCUCAUGCUGCUGCCAGGUCCAGAGUGUCUCAUGGGUCCCUGUACGGCCUCCCAUUGCUGCUGUCUCCAUCGCCACACUCUGCCAUGUGCCACUUUUAGGUCUCCUCACACUGCUGGUGGGUUCCAUUUUUGUCAUAGGGUGCUGUAUGGCCUCCCAUUGCUGCUGCUUCCACCGCCACACUGUGGCUCCACACUCUGGUUUUGGCCCCGUGACUGCCCAAAUGAGUGAAGUGUGCGGUGAUUCUAAGAUCGACGGCACUCAUCUGCAUGUCAUACUGACUGACAGUAUUAUUUCUCUUCCCCAGCAGACUCCAAGGGCAUUUAAAUUAAAGGUACAGUGUUCUGCACUAAUAUAA